AUGGAAGAUAUAAAUGCCAAAAAUUGGUCUUAUGAUAUUCUCAAAGAAAUAGCGCUGCAUGAACCAUGGACGCCAGAUUCCAUCAACGAGGUAAAAUCUAUGUUUAUAAACGACAUUGGUUCCCCACGUCGCUACGAAUGUAUACGUACCAUGGGUGAUCUAAUAGACUGUUUAGAGCGUCGAGAUGUAAUUUCCGAAGAAAAGGUUGAGCCUCUGCAUCUUUUAGGCAGUAAGAAACUCGACGAGGCAAUCCAAACUUACAGCCCUGCGCCAAGCGCGUUCAAGGCAGAAGGCACCAAUCAAUACCAUGAUUUACAUAUUGCAGAUGAAUUGUCACAUAAGCUAUCUAUAAACGGUCAAACCCCAGCAACGAUGAACGCAAAUAUUUGUCGGGAUAACUCGCGACGUCCAGCUUCAGUUCAAACAUCCGUCUGCCCUAACUCAAGUACCAAAAGUUUUCCUAUUUCAAACAAUUAUCCAUUUGUGGUAACUGAACAGCAACGUGCCGCAAUCUAUAAGAUGCUUUCGCAACACUUAGGUACCCACUGGCGUAUAUUCGGCCGCGAAUUAGGAAUACGUGAAGGCACAAUGGACGAAAUCGAAUUGCAAUGCCCUCGUGAGUUGAGUACACGGGUUUACAAAGUAUUGAAAAUAUACGAAGAGGAUGAUUGUAAUGAUCCCAAAAUGCAUUUACGUACUAUAAAAGAGGCUUUGGAACGCGCUCGUCGCAAAGAUUUACGUCGUAAAAUCGAUGAUAUCAUAUCUCACUGAUAUUAGUGAUAUUUUGAAGAGCAUUUAUUUGUAUUUAACCGUUAAAGUGAUCAACGUAAAUAAAAUGUACUGCGGCGAAAACGUUAAA